AUGGCCAGGAAUCGCCUUAGACCACCUCGAAAAUACCGCAGCAAGCCACGCCCGCCUCAAACGCAGCAAGCGUUUCCCUUCCUCACCCUCCCCGCCGAGCUCCGCAACCGUAUCUACCUAUACGCACUCACCGCACCGGAUGGUAUCAAGGUCAGAUGGCGUCGAAGCAACAGUCGGUGGAAGAAGAAGCCUGUCAUGUUUACCAACAGUGAUAAGGAGGAGGAGGUCUGCCCCAUUAACCAGCUCCAAUACGUCAACCGCCAACUGCAUAAAGAGACUGCCGGCCUGGAGUUGCAGUACAAUCGCGUUAUAUUCGAUGGAUAUCCAGGCUCGAAUGGAGACACUAUGAAGAGCCUCUACGUAUUUGCAGGCCGCUGCACACCAACAAAGUUACAGUGGUUGACCCACGCCACGCUCGCGCAACAGUCCGACCUCACCACCAGCAUACAGUCACGGUGUGCCAUCCCCUGGGUCAAAAGGCACAUCGACAAGAUUAUUGGGCUGCUGAACUUCUGCAUCGAAAACAAGCACAUUCACGUCGAAUUCCGGCUGCCCUACUUCGUGUUGUACCCGGAUCCCUUACCUACCUUGUCCGUCAAUGGGUUUAUUGAAACCGGUAUUCUGCUUUCUCGCUUGUUCCGCGGUGCAGACAUCUCGCAUAUUGAUAUACCAGGCAAUACUGCGGCUAGGUAUGCUGAACUACUGUCCCGUUUAGUAGGCGACGACGUAAAAGACACGAUCAAACGACUGGCAGGCGAGGCUACGAAUCUGCGACUCUAUCCGAACGAUAAGCACUUUGAUAUUAAGCGGUUUGAGAAGGAGGUGGAAGAGAAACUCAGUGAUCCCUGGUGGGCGGAUUUUGUGGCAAAUGGUGGAGGACUGAAGUGGGUCGAAUAUGCGCGUCAAUGGAGCGCAUAUGGGCUUUGA